AUGGGGGAGGGCUCAAUGAUUUGGAAGAGAGUUAAAGAAGAAGAAGAAGACGCAAACAGCAUACUUGAGCAAGAAGAAGCAUUGGUGGCUUUGAUAGAGCACCGCACCAAAGAAGUCGAACAUCUUCGCCAACGCAUCUCAUAUUACCAAUCUCAGCUUGCUGAAGCAGAGAAGAGGCUGCAAGAUUCCCAAUCUAAAUUGGCUCACUUACGAGGCCGGCAUAUCUCGUCAUUGUCUAAUGCUUCUUUGGCUACUAAAAGGGUUAAGUUAGAGCAGGGAAUAGUCCCUCCCGAACGCAUAGAUGGAGAUUCUGAUAGCCUCCGAUCGAGAACUAAACUUUUAAUCCCAUCCGUAAUUCCUAAGAUUCCACAACCAAUAAAACCAGAAGGGUUAGUUGCAAAAACCAUCAUUGGUCUCGAAGAAACUGCUUCCUCUAAUAGGGAAGUGAAAGUAAAAGCUGAGGAAUCCGAGAGAAGGUCUACUGAUAUGGAGGUUGUUGAAGUUAAAGAUAGAGGGACUAAAAGGAAGUUAGAACAAAAGGAACACAAAGAAUUGAUUACCUUGGUAGAAAGCCGCUCUUCACCGACCUUAAUUGGCCCCUAUUCAAGCAAUAUAAUCCCCAGUCAACACAAAAGAAAGUUGAGAAGUCUUUCUCUGUGUCCAGUGAAUGAUCAGCUUUUCAUAACCAGUGCUUUGGAUGGAUUAGUCAACUUGUGGAAAAUUCAGGGUAGAGGGUCAUCAGCUUCUUUGCUUAGUACUACAAAUUGUGUAUCAUCGGGAGGGAGAAGAUGGCCAGAAGAUAUAGCAUGGCACCCACACAGAAACAAACUUUUUUCUGUAUACACUGCAGAUGCAGGUGAUUCUCAGAUAUCAGUACUAAAUCUUAACAAAAAGGGGAGACCCCAUGUAACUUUCUUAGAGGAUAAGCCUCACGUUAAAGGUAUCAUAAACAGCAUAGCAUUUAUGCCCUGGGAGGAUACUUGUUUUGGCACCGGCGGUAGCGAUCAUGCAGUGGUGCUUUGGAGUGAGAGAGAUGAGAAUGUAUGGAAACCAAAGACCUUACAUAGGAAUCUACAUUCUUCUGCUGUCAUGGGAGUUGCAGGAAUGCAGCAAAAGCAGAUUGUACUGUCUGCCGGGGCUGAUAAAAGAAUUAUCGGUUUUGAUGUGGUUACGGAAAGUGCAGACUUCAAGCAUCAAAUGGAAAGUAAAUGCAUGAGUGUUCUGCCAAAUCCUUGUGACUUCAAUCUAUUCAUGGUCCAAACCGGGGUCCAUGAAAGGCAGAUCCGGCUGUACGAUGUUAGAUCGAUGUAUGCCGAACUGCAUUCGUUUGGGUGGAAGCAAGACAGCAGUGAAUCUCAUUCGGCUCUUAUAAAUCAAGCUUGGUCUCCUGAUGGUUUGUACCUCUCAUCGGGUUCGGCUGACCCCGUGAUACACAUUUUCGAUAUUAGGUAUAAUGCGUGCAGGCCAUCGCAGUCGAUCCGAGCUCACCAGAAACGAGUGUUUAAAGCUGUAUGGCACAACUCUUUACCGCUUCUCAUUUCUAUAUCUUCUGAUCUUCAAAUUGGACUGCACAAAGAGUAGGAAGAUCAUCGUUUA